AAAUUGGCCAAGAAACAGAAAGAGACCCAAAGUGGCUCCCAGAGGGAAAUGGGUCUGGUGGCUUCAGAUAAAAGUUCCGGCAAACUCAGUUCCACCCGAAAUGAAGAUACGUUUUCCAGCUGCCAGGACGUCAAUGGAUUCAUUUCAUCUGACACCGUCCCUUCUUCAACCCUUCUAGACAACAGUCAUGUAGAGCUGAAUCAGCCCACGCUGACGAUACAGACUCACCCCUAUCGGACAUGUGAGCCACUGGAGAUGGCGUAUCCUCGUGGGCAGCUCCAGCCAGCCAUCCGUGUAGCAGACCUUCUACAACACAUAACUCAGAUGAAGAGGGGACAAGGAUAUGGAUUUAAGGAGGAGUAGAGGUG